AUGGCGUCCGUAUCGGACCUGGAGGGCCAGGCCUCCAAGGCUGGCGGCUUUCAGCUUGUAUACAGGAAUCCAUAUCUCUUUGGAGUCGCGUUGUUUUCGACCUUGGGUGGUCUGUUGUUUGGCUAUGACCAGGGUGUCGUGUCCGGUAUCCUGACGAUGGAAUCGUUUGGAGCUCGAUUCCCUCGGAUCUACUCUGACAGCAGCUUCAAGGGAUGGUUUGUCUCGACGCUUCUACUAACUGCGUGGUUCGGAUCUCUUGUCAAUGGUCCUAUUGGGGAUCGCCUUGGACGCAAGUGGUCGAUGAACCUCGCCGUGGUUAUCUUCGUCAUAGGCUCAGCCAUCCAAUGUGGUGCAGUGACUAUUCCAAUGUUGUUUGUCGGCAGAGCUAUCGCAGGAUUCGCUGUUGGGCAGUUGACGCAGAUCGUUCCCCUAUUUAUUUCUGAGAUCUCUAUUGCCGAGAUUCGCGGCGGUCUGGUUGUCCUCCAACAGCUGUCAAUCACUAUUGGCAUUCUCAUCAGCUACUGGAUUGAUUACGGCUCCAACUACAUCGGAGGCUCGCGCUGCGCUCCUGGUGUCCCGUAUACCGGAGGCACUCCGGACAAACCAGCCUUUGAUCCCUACCAUGACGUUCCCCCUGGUGGCUGCACCGGACAAUCGGAGGCCUCAUGGAGGUUGCCCUUUGCGCUGCAGAUUCUUCCCGCCCUGACGUUGGGUAUCGGAAUGCUCUUCUUCCCGGACUCGCCUCGAUUGCUGCUCAUGAAGGAACGCGACGACGAGGCCCUGGCGACCCUGUCGAAGCUUCGUCGGACAUCUCGUGAUGAUCCCGUUCUCGUCAAGGAGUAUCUCGAGAUCAAGGCCUCUAUCAUGCUUGAAAACAGCUUUGCAAAGGACCACUGGCCCAAUCUGUCUGGCUUCAAGCUGCACCUUGCGCAGUACUUCUCCCUUAUCAGCACUUGGGCACGGUUCAAGCGCCUUGCUAUCGGCUGCUGUGUCAUGUUCUUCCAGCAAUUCAUGGGCUGUAAUGCCAUGAUCUACUACGCUCCCACGAUCUUCGGGCAGCUGGGAUUGAAUGGAUACACGACUUCCCUCCUUGCCACUGGCGUCUACGGCAUCGUCAACUGUCUCAGCACCCUUCCAGCCCUGUUCUGGAUCGACAAAGUAGGCCGUCGGGUCCUGCUCAUGGCCGGCGCCAUGGGAACCUGUAUCUCCCUCGUCAUCGUCGGCGCCAUCCUCGGGGCUUACGGGUCCCGACUGGUCGACCACAAAGCCGCUGGAUGGGCUGGUAUCGCGUUCAUUUAUAUCUACGACAUCAACUUUUCGUACUCGUUCGCUCCCAUCGGCUGGGUCCUGCCCUCUGAGAUUUUCAAUCUGUCGAUCCGGUCCAAGGCCAUCUCCAUCACCACUUCUACGACUUGGAUGUGCAACUUCAUCAUUGGACUAGUUACCCCGGAUAUGCUCGCGGCCAUCACUUGGGGCACAUAUAUCUUCUUCGCCGCAUUCUGCCUGCUGGCUUUAGGGUUCACCUACUUCUGCAUCCCAGAAACCCGAGGCAAGACUCUCGAGGAUAUGGAUCUGAUCUUCGGCGACACUGCUGCUCACGAAGAAAAAGAGCGCAUCGUUCACAUCGAGGCUCAGCUGCGUGGGACUCCCCUCGUCAGCGAGGACGUGCUGAAACAAGACAUUGCGCACCAGGAGAACGCGCACAAUUUGUGUUGA